CAAACCCAGCCUAUAAAAGGAAUUCGUGUCACCGUUCUCAGUGUGAGGCUUCAAGACUACAAAGAUGGCAUUUGCUCUUCGCUUAACAGUUCUCCUUUGUGGGAUCAGUGGACUGUUGACUGGAGUCUGGUCUAUCCCAAAGGUCAAGAGCCAAGAUAAAGAUUGCCCCAAAGGCUGGACUCGCUUGGACUGUCACUGUUACAUCUACCAAGGUCAUGAGAGGACCUUUGCAGAUGCAGAGAGUGUCUGCAACAUUCUUGGUGGCAAUCUUGUUUCCAUCCACAACGCCCUGGAAAACGCUUUUGUUCUGGAACUGAUUCGAGCGGGCGGCAACACUAGCCCCACAUGGAUUGGACUCACUGAUGCAAUUGAGGAAAAUCACUUCAUAUGGACUGAUGGCUCAAAGCGGGAUUUCUUUCCUUUUGCGGCUUCAGAGCCCAAUAACUCUGGUGACUGCAUUGAGUUAUAUGAAAUUAAUGGACUUUGGGAUGAUACAGGCUGCGAAAGACCAUUUCCAUUUGUUUGCAUUAGAGAUGUGAUCCCUUCCAGCCAUUAAACAACCCUCUAAUCCUCUUGUCUUCUGUCGCGGUUGAGCUGAUCAUCACGACUCAAUAAAAUGAUACAUUACCAAAAA